AUGGCAAUGUUGGCUUCCAAGUCGACAUUUCCGGCUUCGCUGGGCUCGCAGCCGUCGGCCAUGAUGGUGAACACGCCCCAGACCGCCUCUGCCUACCCCUCCUCGAGACGCGCGCCCGCCGUUCAGAUGGCCACCCAAAAUUACCAAAGCCCGACCGAGUCGGAGUUUUCUGACGUCGACGGUCCGGACUCGGUCAAGAAUUGGGAUGAAGAUAGGGUUUGCGAGUACCUGCGGAGCGUCAAGUGUGGCGAAUACGAAAAGAUCUUUCGCAGGAAUCACAUCAAUGGAGACAACUUGUUGGAGAUGGAUAAGGAGGUGCUGAAGGAGAUGGGCAUUGACAAGGUGGGCGAUCGUGUGCGCUUGUUCCUGAGCAUCAAGAAGUUGCGGACCAAGACAUACGCCAACCAAAAGAGGCGCAACAGGGAUUCCUUUGCGGGGCUUGAUGUCCAAUAUGCGCCCUCCUCACAAUCACCACGGCACCAACCAAAUACUGGGGCCAGUGGUCGCGGGAUGCCAGCGAGCAAUAAGAGGUAUUCGCGCCAAUUCGAUUUCCCAGCUGCUGUUCCCGGUGUUGACAACCAAAACCCCUCAAGGCCUACCUCUCCUCAGUCUUCCGGUGGCUUCAGAAGCGCCCGCCAACAGCAGCAGAGAUAUCCUCAACCACCUCACACAGCAUACAGUCAACCAACUCCUGCGACGGCCAUCUUCCCCAUGUCUCCGCCCGAGCCACCACACACAGGCCGUCUGAUGGCAAGCCACACCAGAACUCAGUCGGAUGGCUCAUCACUAAUGGCCGCUUUGCCCCCUGGACAGGAUGUGAUCCGGGUUAUCUCGACAGGUGGUGUCACCAAGGUUGUUAAGAUCGCCGACUGCAACACCUGCGAGGAAGUCAUGCGCGUCACAUUGCGCAAGUUCGCUUUACGGGAGGAUCAUGAGAGAAACUACUGCUUCUGGGUCUUGGUCGGUGGUGACGACCCACAUAAGUGCCGUCGCCUUGGUGAUACUGAACUCUGGAGGGUGAUCAAAGACCACACCCGACCAGAACGAAAUCGCCUCAUCCUACGACGUGUUCCUGCCGGGGAGCCAGGAUUCGCCGAAUUAGAAAGAGCAGCUGCGAUUGCCAUGGAGGAGGCGCAACAAAACCACAAUCGCUCCAUGGAGACUAUGGACAAGCGAAGUCAACUAAAGGCACAAAAGGUCUUGGGUGAAUCGUGGGAAACUAUUCAGCAGCCGCCCCUUUCACCUGUGUCUUAUCAGGACCAUCAAGACCGAGAAAGAAAUGUGUACAACACCGCCAGAGACUUGGAGCGUCCGGCACCCGCUGAGACACCACGAAUGCCCCGCAGCCGCAAGGUUCUUCGACAGUUCGGCGGGCUAAGACCGCCCAGCGAGUUGAUCGCGUCGGAUCUUACCAGCUAUUUCCCUGACCACUCCAGAGAGGCUAUCGACAGGACAGCCCGCAUGUCCAUGCGUAGGUCGCAGCGCCUUAGCAGGGUGAACCACCGCCUCAGUGUUGCCAGCACCCUGAGCUUUGCGUCCAGCAUUCAGGACGCACCUCCUAUUCCUACCAUUGCCGACAGUUGGCUCACUGCUUCCAACCAAGUCGCCAGGGUCCGUCCUGGAAACCAGCUGGGCCGCCUCAACCAUGGGUACCGGGACUCGGUCGCCUCCUCCGUUCUCGACACUCUACAGGAGGAGUCAUCACCUAUCGAACCGAACCGCAAGUCUUAUGUGUCUUUUGCGGAUAGCAGCUCAGAUGCCGGUACUGCUGCCGUCAGCAUCACCGACCCAGAUGGAAACGUGGUCCGACACAGCUACUUUGACGGCGACAGCACCGUCGGAUCUGGCGGUUCUCUCCAAGAAGUCAACCAGGCCCUCACCGACGACGGAGAGGAUGCCGAUGAAGAGCUUCAGAGCUUCCUCGCUGGCGACUCCUGGGAUGACAGCAAGUGGAUGAAGGGUGCGCUCAUUGGUCAGGGGUCUUUUGGUUGCGUCUACCUCGCCCUCCACGCCGUCACUGGCGAGCUUCUCGCCGUAAAGCAAGUCGAGACCCCAUCGCCCGGCGCCAACAGCCAGAGCGACGCCCGAAAGAAGAGCAUGAUCGAGGCGCUCAAGCGUGAAAUCAGUCUCCUCCGCGACCUCCGGCACCCCAACAUUGUGCAAUACCUCGGCUGCGGAUCAUCAGCCGAAUACCUCAACAUUUUCCUCGAAUACGUCCCCGGCGGCUCAGUCCAAACCAUGCUUAACUCGUACGGCGCCCUCCCCGAGCCCUUGGUCCGCAGCUUCGUCAAGCAAAUCCUCAACGGCCUUUCCUACCUCCACAACAUGGACAUCAUCCACCGCGACAUCAAGGGCGCCAACAUCCUCGUCGACAACAAGGGCACCAUCAAAAUCUCGGAUUUUGGCAUCUCGAAGAAGCUGGAAGCAACAAACAUUCUCAACGGGGCCAACAAUAAUAAACACCGGCCUUCGCUGCAGGGGUCAGUGUUCUGGAUGGCACCAGAAGUGGUCAAGCAAACGUCUUACACCCGCAAGGCGGAUAUCUGGUCGCUUGGGUGUCUUGUUGUUGAAAUGUUUACGGGGACGCAUCCGUUCCCGGAUUGCACGCAGCUGCAGGCCAUUUUCAAGAUUGGGGGGGCGAAGGCCACGCCGACGAUCCCGGAGCAUGCGAGCGAGGAGGCGAAGCAGUUUUUGGGGCAGACGUUUGAGAUUGAUCAUAACAAGAGGCCGAGUGCGGAUGAUUUGAUGUUGAGUCCGUUUUUGACGCCGCCGGCGUUGUAA